AUGUUGGGAAAAUAUAAGGUUUGUGAUGGUCUGAAUGAGCAGGCUGCUCCAGAAUCCCAUAGCUGCAACCUAAUCUUGCAUGAUAAGAUUUCAGAAGCCCACUCUUUAUCUGAUCAGAAUAUUGGAAAGAACAAAGUUGACAUUCAGAAACGUAGUUGCAAAAACAAGAUUCAAACAAGCAAACCGUUGGGAAAACGUGAGAGAAACAUCAUGCCCAUUCGUCGCAUAACAGUAUCAGUGGAUUUGCAGCUGCUUCGUGCUUUUCUGCUGUCAGCGUCAGAUGGCAAUGGCUUCGCCCGAAGAACAGCUCGGCCAGAUCCUGGCGUUGCUGACUCAAAACUCGAAGGGGAUCGCCGAUCUUCAACGAUCCAUGGAGCAAGUGACUGCCGCGAAGACGGAUUUCGAGUAGUGGAAGCCGGAGGUGAACAACCGUGUCGCCGACCUCGAGCACGCGGUGAAUUAUCUCGGCUGUUCGGAGACAACCCAAAGCACGCGAUCUCCGACGGCGAGCCUACAAUCGAGCAUCCCGAUCCGGAUCCCAAGCUUGGGUCGGGCAAGAAGGUGACGGACCCUGCUCACUGGGGUCAACCUCGUACGAGGCGUCGCCUGGGCAAUUUGGCCACCGCUGCGAAACCCAGCACGGGAGCGCCGGAUACACCACUCCGGAUCCGCCUUCGGUCACAGGAAGAGGCUCUGUUGGAUUCAUCCAAUAGAGAGUUCAAGAAGGGGGAAUAUCAAAGUUCUGUUAGAAAAUAUUCAACUGACAGUAACAAGAUAGUGGAUGGGGCUAAACACUCUUAUCAAGGAUUCAGGGGUGGUCAAUCAAAUUCUGAUGACAAAAGAAAUAGUGAAACAUCUAAACCCAAGUCACCUGAAGACAAAUUAUCAGCACUCAAGGCCUUCACAAGAGCCAAGGGUCUAUGUUUUAAAUGUGGAGAGAAAUGGAGUCCUACCCACAAAUGCCCCACUUCUGUUUCCCAUCAUGCACUAGAGGAAAUUUGGCAAAUGCUGGGUGAUGGUGAUGAUGCUGUACAUUCGGUGACAGAAGAAGGAACUAAAGAUUCAGGAGAUGACCUUAUGGCAAUUUCUCUACAAGCAGUAAAUGGUAUUGAAAGAACCAAGACCAUCUGGUUUAGAGGGUUUGUGGCUGGUUCCCACAGCUUUGCCAACCAGUCCCUGGUGGAAGGAUUACCUGGGCAGAAACUCUUGGACAAGCCUGUCAGAGUCAGGGUAGCAAAUGGUAAUGAAAUCCCCUGCACUCAUGAACUUCCUGAUUUUAUCUGGAGUGUACAAGGUCAUACAUUCAAGAUGAAGCCAAGACUGAAGAAUCUAUUCCUCCUGAGAUUCGGGCCAUCAUCAGUCAGUAUCAGUCAAUUUUUCAACCUCUACCAAACAUUCCUCCCCAGAGAGAAAAGGAUCACACCAUUCCUCUACUGCCAGGAACUCAACCCUUCAGGCACAGGUCUUAUAGAUAUAAUCCAUUUCAGAAGGAUGAAAUAG